AUGAGGUCUUGCCCCGGUUGCUAUGGCGCCCAGGUCCCGCAACCCCGCGUCCGGAAGAACAACCCGGAAUCGGAGAGAGCGCCCGGCGCGGAGGGUGCCAGGCGGAGCCCGCAGGGCCGGGCACGGGGGAGCCCUCAGGUGCCGCCUGGGGCCACAUGCCACCCCCAUGCCCCGAUGUUUGACCCUCAGUGGGAAAAGACUUCUGCCUCCAGGUUGGACGUGAAUGGACCAGGCCUGGAGCAGGCCCCCGGGCCUCGGCCCAGCAUGGCGCGUGUGCUUGUGCGGGAGCUGAGCUGGCAGGGCCCCUACAACCCCCUUCCGCAGAGCAAGGCCCCGGCCGCAGAGCAAGGCCAAGGCCACGGCCAGCAGCUGCUGGAGGAGUGCCUGUCAGCGGCCCGGCUGCAGGCCCUGGCCCAGGUGGACGACCUGCGGCUGGUGAGCACGCUGGAGAUGUGCGUGGACACCCGAGAACACAGCCUGGGCAACUUCGGGGUGCACCUGCCCAACCUCAGCCAGCUGAAGCUGAAUGACAGCCGCCUGGGCUCCGUGAGAGACCUGGGCACCUCCCUGGGCCGCCUGCAGGUGCUGUGGCUGGCGCGCUGUGGCCUGACUGACCUGGACGGCAUCGGCUCCUUCCUGGCCCUGAAGGAGCUGUACGUCUCCUACAACAACGUCUCGGACCUCAGCCCGCUGUGCCUGCUUGAGCAGCUGGAGGUGCUGGACCUGGAGGGCAACAACGUGGAGGACCUGGGGCAGGUGCGCUACCUGCAGCUGUGCCCGCGGCUGGCCAUGCUCACCCUGGAGGGCAACCUGGUGUGCCUGCAGCCCAGCCCCUCCAGCCAGGUGCCUCCGGGCUACAACUAUAGGGCACAGGUGAGGAAGCUCGUCCCCCAGCUGCAGGUCCUGGACGAGAUGCCUGCCGCGCAGACCGGCCUGCCCGCCGCCCGGAAGCUGGACCAGGACUGGCUCCUGGUAAAGGAGGCCAUCAAGGAGGGCAGGGUCCUGGACAGCCUGCUGCCCAGGCUGGUUCGUCCGCACGGAGAACCCAUUGGAAGAUUCGGCCCCGAGCGAUCCCAGCCCGAGCCCCAGCCCCGGGCGGCCCGGCCUUGGCCCCUCUCCCUCCUGGGCCCUGGGGGUCCCGUGCCCGAAACUCUGCUUCCCAAGGACACAGCCCCAGAGGACGACACCAGCAACCUCACCCACGGCUCCAGCCAGGUCCUCUGCGGAAACCCCACCAAGGCCCUUCGGGAACAUCAGCACCGCUGCCAGACCUGGGUGCCCCCAGAGCAGCUGCCCCCACACAGGCCUGAAGACCUGGCCACCAGGGCCUCCACCCCAGGGCCUGACCCUGCAGACAGCCGGGACCUCCUGGCACUGGCCGGACUUCGGGCGUGGAGGGAACUGCGGCGCCUGGAUUCUGGGCCGGCAGGGGCAGCGGCAGGGGCUGCAGCUCUCCCCGGCCCACGGCGGGGCCCUGAAGAACAUGAGGACAAGGCUGAGCCCAGCUCCCCAAGCCCGGUCCCAGGGCCUUCCAGGACCUCGGGCUGUCCCCUGCUGCCCUCGCCCCCCAGGGUCCCCAUGCCACCUGAUUCCAGCGGCAGCUCCUGGGCGUCUAAAGACCUGCACUGCCGGGGGCGUCGGCUCAGAGCCCUGGGGCGCUCGGGGCCUGGCCUGGGUCCGGGGCUGGCUGCCGUGGCUGCUCUGAGAUCAGCCCUGGAGGUGGCCACAGGCCCGAGCUCUCCAGCCCAAGGAUGUCCAGGCCCCAGGCCAGCACCAGAGGCAGCAGCCAGCCCGCCAGCCCUGUGGUGUCUGCCACCCCUGAAGCCCCUCACCCCAACCCAGUCGCACCCCUAG